CCCAUCGUGUGAUUCUAAAACAUUUUUUAUUAUUUUUUGAAGCACAGCUGUUGGCGGGAAAGAGAUGGAUUAGUCAGAAGUUAUUGUAUGAUUAUUUACUGGUACAGAAACACAAAGUAAUAUGUUUAGCUAGCUUUUUACAAACGGGAGACAAGUUGCCAGGCACAGCCGGCGCCCAUUGCUGGGUAAAAUGUGUCCUUUAUGUACGUCAUUUUCGGAGCACUUCGCCAGUCGCCCAAUAGUGAAAAGUACAGCAACAUGUUAGAGGAGCUGAUAGGCUAAAUUUUCCAUUAUUUGUCGUUUUUUCUUGAUCCUAUGUGCUGUGUACCCCUGUCCACUUGUGUUUUAUAUCGUACUACCAUAAUUAAUGUGAAACAUUCUGUUAAUUGUGCAACUUCAGUCCAAUAAGUUUUCAUACAGUUUCUUGAAACUGUUUACCGUUUCCGUCGGUAAAUACGUCAUUUCCUGGCAAGAUGGCGGCCCUGAGGAACGGUUUGACUCCAGCUUGUCUUGCGGGACGCUUCCUCAUCAGGCAAAGUGCAAAACCCAACGGGGGCGGGCAGCCUUGUUGCGACUUUUGGAAGCACCGCUGGCUCCAGAGGUCUCUUGUUCACACGGCGUUUGACUUGAACAGUUCAGCCGCCGGUGCCACAUCUCUGCUGCGCAGGCGGCGCCACGAGAAGUUACUCUGGGUGGCGGUGAGACACAACAGCUCCCCGAUGCCAAGCGAGGGCGGCCCUCCGGUGGUGGCCGACAUCGCCCCCGUCCUUCUGCCAGCGAUCCCUGAACAGAUCCCGCUCCGGCCCGUUUCCGUGGUGAUGGGAGAUGAUCCCGCCCCCCUCUUGACACAGGCGGCGGACGCGGCGGAGGUCCUGCGGGCUGCCGAUCCGGAAGUCCGUCUAGCGGAGCUGGGCUUGGCCGGCCACACUCCCGUGGGUGUCAUCCAGAACUUGUUGGAGUUCAUGCACAUGGACGUGGGUCUGCCCUGGUGGGCAGCCAUCGUAGUCGGAACAGUGGUGGCUCGCCUGGCCGUCUUUCCCGUCAUCGUGAAGGGCCAGCGGGAGGCGGCCAAACUCAACAACGUCAUGCCCGAGAUGAGCCGACUCACCAGCAGGAUGACGGAGGCCAAACAGAGCGGGAACAAAUUUGAAUUCGCCAAAGCCUACACCGACCUGACCCUGUUCCAGAAGAAGCACGACGUCAACCCCCUUCGCGGGUUCCUGGUUCCUCUGGUGCAGGCGCCUGUCUUCAUCUCCUUCUUCAUGGCGCUGAGGAAGAUGGCGUACUUGCCGGUGCCUAGCAUGCAGGCGGGAGGUGCACUGUGGUUUCCGGAUCUGACGGUGGCGGAUCCCUUCUACAUCCUGCCUGUGGCCGUCACGGGGACCAUGUUCUUCAUCUUGGAGCUGGGCGCCGAGUCGGGCGUGGACAACCCCAACCUGCGCGCCAUGAAGACCGUGUUCCGGAUCAUGCCGUUCGUCAUCCUCCCGCUCACCAUCAACUUCCCCACGGCCGUGUUCACCUACUGGCUCACCUCCAACUGCUUCUCGUUGGCUCAAGUGGCGCUCCUCAGACACCCGCCGAUCCGAGACAAGCUACGCAUCCCCGAGAGGAUCAAGUACCCGGCCUCUGACCUGCCGCAAAAUGACGGCUUCAUCGCCAGCAUGAAGAAAGGUUGGUCAAACGCUCAGCUGGUUCAGCAGCUGGACGAGCGAGAGAGACGCAUCAAAAAUCAUCUGGACCUCGCCGCCAAAGGUCCACUGAGGCAGACAUUUACCCACAAUCCUCUGCAGCAGAACCCUGCGCCGUCCACUAAAGACAAGAAGGCCGCAACCGAGACGAGGCCGUGGAAGGACAUCAUGGAAUAAAUUGUGUAGUGUGCAUAUUUUUGGAUAUGUUGUCACCAUGUACGUAUGCUAUUUACAUUAAACUGGAAAAGCACUUGACACAAA